AUGGGUUCAGUCCACGGGCCGAGUGCAGGCCACACAGCAGAGUCCGACCGCAAGGUCAUCGUUGCAGGAGCCCAGCUGGGACCCAUCCAUGUCGACACCCCGCGAUCAGAGGCGAUGGGCCGAAUGGUCAAGUUGAUGGAGGACGCACAUCAACAGGGCGUCAAGUUGAUCGUGUAUCCCGAGAUCGCGCCCGUGACGUUCUUCCCUAGGCACAUCCUGGAAGAGGAUGAAUUAGAGCAAUAUUUCGAGAACGAGCAGGAGGCCGGCGGGGACCCGACCAAGCUGGCCAACUUGAAGCCCUUGUUCGACAAAGCCCGCGAGUUCAAGAUGGACAUGUAUAUCGGGUACGCGGAGCACGCGCCGGAAUCUCCCACAGGCAAACACGUCCACUACAACACGGCGGUCUACUACUCCGCGGCGGCCGACAGCGUCAUCUCAAAGUACCGCAAGGUGCACCUGCCCGGGACCUUUGAGCCGUACGAGCGCAAAGACGCCACAAACCAGCUGGAGAAGCGAUACUUUUUGCCGGGUAAUCUGGGGUUUCCUGCGUUUCGGGCCCCAGGCCUGGUUCCAAAUGCUGUGGGGAAAAAAUCAGGCGCAAAGCCCAACGAGCCCGACACGCUCGGCCAAGGGGAUCCCAUCAUCGGCAUGCUCAUCUGCAAUGACAGACGGUGGCCCGAGGCGUGGCGGCCGUACGGCCUGCAAGGCGCGGAGCUCGUGCUGUGCGGAUACAACACGACGGCAUGGGCGCCUGAACUGCUGGGGACGAGCAAGAAAGUGUCGACAAAGGAGAAGGCCAAAGAGGAGGCCCUCUUCCACAACAAGCUGUGCGUCACGUAUAAUAGCUAUGCGAAUGCUUGUUUUAGUAUCAACGUGGCCAAGUGUGGUGUCGAGGAUGGGAAGUAUCCGUUGAUAGGGGGUAGUUGUAUCGUCGACUGUGAUGGCGAGGUCGUCGUGGAAGCCAAGACCGAAGAAGACGAACUCAUUGUCGCGGAGAUUGAUCUGGGUAUGUGUCGGAGGGGGAAGGAGAAGGUGUUUGCGUUCCAGAAGCACCGUCGAACUGAACAUUAUGGCAUCAUUGUCGAGCAGACGGGCGUGGUGGAGCCGGCGUUGCUAUGA